AUGGCCAAAGCACGCGCGGCGAGUCCGGAUUCUCUGGUCGAGUCCCAGGAAGUCGAAUAUCUCUAUCUUGACUUGGAGACGCCGUUGCCAACGCCCUGCAUCACUCUGCCCCCGCAACCUGGUCAGUCACCCCCGCCGGACGCGCCGAGUUUGGAGCAAUACUCCUCGCCGUUCCUCUGGCCCAAAUGGCGCAAGUCCAUCAUGACGUGGAUCUCGUGUGCUGUCACGGCGCUGGCGGGAUAUUCAGCCGGGGAAGCGAGUCCAGCCUCGGGAGAGCUAUGCAGAGAAUGGUCCAUCAGCCCCGUGGUCUACAAUUUGAGCAUCACACUAUUCUGCAUCGGCUUUGCCCUGGCACCAAUGGUCCUCGCUCCAUUCUCGGAAAUCAAUGGACGGCGGCCGAUCUUCGUUGCCAGUGGGAUUUUGUUCGUAGCGAUGCUGAUCGCUUGCGGUGGAACACACUCAUUUGCGGGCCUUUUGGUAGCUCGAUUCUUUCAAGGCGUGGGAGGCUCAACUUUUUCGACCAUGGUCGGUGGAGUCAUCAGUGAUAUCUACCAUGCUCAAGACCGAAACACCCCGAUGGCUCUCUUCGCUGGCGCAGCGCUCUUCGGCACAGGUCUAGCACCCAUGCUAGCCGGGGCUAUCGUGACCCAUACAACCUGGCGAUGGAUCUAUUACUCGCACGCCAUUGUGUCCGCCGUCUUCGUGGCCAUCAUUUUUGUCUUUUUCAAGGAGACCCGUGGGAGUGUCUUGCUGAGUCGCAAGGCCCAAGCAUUGAACUCUUACUACGAACGUCUCGAAGAAGCAGGCCAUAUCGGAGUGAUCAUGUCGAGCGUGGACUCGCCCGACGAGAAGCGUGUCCGUCGGAUCCGAUGGAAAGUUGAAAGUGACGAACAACGGGCCUCGCUGGCCACGAUGAUUCAGGUAUCACUAUAUCGUCCAUUUCACAUGCUCGUCACUGAGCCAGUCGUUUUCUUCUUUUCUCUCUGGGUGUCCUUCAGCUGGGCAACCCUUUACCUGCAAUUCGGCUCUGUUUCGCUGGUCUUUAGCGCAAAUCACAAUUUCAAUGUUGAACAGACCGGCGCCGUCUUCACAGCCAUGUGUGUCGGCGUCCUUAUUAUCACUGUGAUCAGCAUCUGGCAAGAAAAGAUCGCUGCGCGUUUUGGCUGGCGGCAAUCGUCCGCCGAAGGACGAUUAUACUUUGUCUGCAUCGAGUCAAUUCUCCUCCCGAUCGGUCUGUUCUGGUUCGGAUGGACUUCCUUUCUUCGAUCCACUGGAUCAUAUGCUAGUUCCGCCAUUGCGGCACAGUCAUGCUGCCGAAAUCUUCUUGGCGGUAUUUUCCCACUUGUCACGGCUGCCAUGUUCAAUAAUCUGGGCUUCCCGGGAGCGUCGAGUCUACUGGGUGGAAUAGGCGCCCUGCUCACUCUGGUCCCAUGGGUACUGGCUAUUUACGGCCCAAGAAUUCGCGCAAGAAGUAAAAUGGCCAGUGAACUUGCACAUUAA